AUGGAAAACUUGAACGAAAAGCUAGCGAAAACACUGUUGUCAGUCGAGGAUCAAGAUCAAUUUGAAGAUACGAGAAAGGAGAUAGACACUCCGGUCUCAUUGCUUAAUGGAAACAAGACUACUACUACUAGUACUACUGCAAACGGCUCGUCAAAAACAUCAACAACAUCUAACUCAGCAACACUGCGUUCAACAAAUAUAUCAAGAAAACCAUCGACCACAAGCUCCAAAUCAAGCCAAGAUGGCAACCUCACCACCGAGCUGGAAUAUGCCCAAUUCUUUACCGACAAGAGUGACUUGGAUUCAAACUUCAUCAAUUUAGUCGAACAGUUGUCAGACAUAUUCCCGCACCUUUCAAAAACUGAUUUGAAAAUAAGAUUGAAACUUUGUGAUGAUGUAGAUCAACUAAUGGAGGAGUUGUUUAUUGAAAGCGAGCAAAAGGAGUUACUAGAAACAGAGGGUCUCCUCAGAAAAGAGGAUCCAUUUGGUCUGGUGGAAUCGAGUUUCUCUGAAGAUGCAUUGAAGCUGAGGUUAGCAUGGUACCGAAAACCGCUCAAAGCUGAGUCAAAACUUCAACUGUCAAAGUAUAUUGUAGAGAUGUGCCAGUUGCAGGACAUAUUUCCACAUCUCAGCCCGUCAUUAAUUGAGCAAGCUCUUAUCCAAAACAAAGGCCAGAUGGAUGCUGCUUCUAUCAACUUACUUGACCCAGACUCAAUUGAGAUUGAAAAGAGUUACAAUUCUCGGUUGAAUGCGUGGCAAGAUAAUGAUGAAUUGAUGACUCGACUCAAGAAGUUUCUCGAUAUUGAUAAUGGUGCGAGCAGUACAGACCUGGCCAAACGCGUUCUCGAGGACGACGAGAUCAGUUUUCACAUACACAAGUGCAACCAAGAUUAUAGCGCGACUUUGAAAAGCAUCGUCGUAAACUGUCGACCUAAAGUGCGCCAAGAGGUGACUAUCAGGGGUAUUGGAGGUCGUGUGCAACGAGGUGGAUCAAAAAGUGCGCCAAGAGUGAAAAAGGAGUAUCGCCUAACCCCUUCAUCGUACAAAUACGACCCUAGUAGAACGGAAAGUGCAGAGCUUCAACAUAUGUACCUCGUCAACGAGGAAUUGCAACAAUUGGCUGAAUCUGACCUCACUAAUGCACUUGAGUUUUAUGAGGGUGAUUGUGAUAGAGUGUUGCAGUUUGCGAUCGAAGUAUUGUCCACUAGAGGUCUUGAAGGAUUACCAACUCUUGAACUGAGUAUGAAAACGGAUGCAAAGCGCAUAUCGACAAGAGGUGGACCUAUUACGAACCACGAGGGAAACGUAUACCAAGACUUAUCCAAAAGCUUUCAAGGGUAUUCGGUCAAAAGCAGACGCUCGCCACUUCAAACCCAGCAUUCUGCAACGACUCAAGAGAUCAGUACAUGUGUUGCCAAUUCUCGAAUUGAUUUACAUGGCAAGACAGCGUUGGAAGCACUUGCAUUGACAAGAAAAGUGCUUGAUGCAUGGUGGCGAGAAGAAGUUGAUCAACGGAUAGAGAAUGGGAAGUUGAACCUGUAUGGUAAUACUGCUGUAUUUGUCAACAAUUUACUCCUAAUCACUGGCCGCGGAAUCCACUCAGUCAAUGGUGUCAGCAUUAUACGACGGUAUGUUAAGGAGUAUUUAGUGAGGAAUCGGUACAUUUUUGAAGAAGGGGUGGGUAACUUUGAAGUUACAGGCUUACGGAAGAGAUAA